GAUGACGUCGGUGAGCGUGUGUGAGAGUGAAACAGAGCGGAGGUGAAGAAGAGGAGGAUGAAGCAGGGAGCGGAGGAUGGGAGGAAGAGUGGCGUGAGAGGAAGAGAAAGAGAUAGAUAGGCUGGCUAUCAAGGGCUCGUGUGUGCAUGCCUGUGUGAAUGCGUCAAUGUCUGAGAGCGCCGAAACAAAGACGCGAGUUAUUUUUUUACCAUCCGAAGAAACACUGUAGCGGAAACUUUAAACUUUUACCCGCCAGAACGGCAGCGCCGUGCCGGGUCCCGGCUUUGUCUCGCGACGGGUGGGAAGUACGCCAAUGCAUGCGAGAAUAUAAAUAAACUGCUCCGCUUUUUGGAUUCACAUUUUGCCCACACAACAAGAGAAGCCUUCGUUAUUGUGUUUGUUUAGGGGAGUGAGAGAAUGGCGGCCAACAUGUACCGAGUUGGAGAUUAUGUGUAUUUUGAAAACUCCUCCAGCAACCCAUAUCUGAUCCGCAGAAUAGAAGAACUUAACAAGACGGCCAAUGGAAAUGUAGAAGCCAAGGUUGUCUGUCUCUUCAGGCGGAGAGAUAUAUCUACCAACCUGAACACACUCGCAGAUAGCAAUGCAAGAGACUUUGAAGAUGAGUCCAAGCAGCCUUCAAUGUCAGAACAGCAGAAACACCAGCUCAAGCACAGAGAACUGUUCCUGUCUCGACAGUUUGAGUCUCUUCCUGCCACACACAUACGAGGAAAAUGCAACGUCACACUUUUGAAUGAGACUGAUGUUUUAACAGGUUACCUAGAGAGAGAGGACUGUUUCUUCUACUCUCUGGUGUUUGACCCAGUACAGAAGACCCUGCUGGCAGACCAGGGAGAGAUCAGAGUGGGAUCCAAAUACCAGGCAGAGAUCCCUGACAAACUGGCUGAAGGUGAAUCAGACAAUCGAGUGCAGGAGAAGCUUGAGACAAAGGUUUGGGAUCCUAAUAACCAGCUGAAGGAUCCUCAGAUAGACCAGUUCCUGGUGGUGGCACGAGCCGUUGGCACGUUCGCACGUGCGCUAGACUGUAGCAGUUCCAUACGCCAGCCCAGUCUGCACAUGAGUGCAGCUGCAGCAUCUAGAGACAUCACACUGUUCCAUGCCAUGGACACUUUGCAAAAGAAUGGCUAUGACCUGGCCAAGGCCAUGUCCACACUGGUGCCACAGGGCGGCCCGGUGCUGUGCAGAGAUGAGAUGGAGGAGUGGAGCGCCUCAGAAGCCAUGCUGUUUGAGGAGGCUCUUGAGAAAUACGGCAAAGACUUUAACGACAUCCGCCAAGACUUUUUGCCCUGGAAGUCAUUGGCUAGUGUGGUCCAGUUCUACUACAUGUGGAAGACUACUGAUCGUUACAUCCAGCAAAAAAGACUAAAGGCAGCGGAGGCCGACAGCAAACUGAAACAAGUGUACAUCCCCACCUACACCAAGCCCAACCCCAACCAGAUCAUGGCUCCUGGAAACAAGCCCGGCAUGAACGGGGCCACUGGCUACCAGAAAGGCCUCAGCUGUGAAAGCUGCCACACUACCCAGUCUCAACAGUGGUAUGCAUGGGGCCCUCCCAACAUGCAGUGCAGACUCUGUGCAUCAUGCUGGAUAUACUGGAAGAAGUACGGUGGUCUGAAAACCCCCACCCAACUAGAGGGUACCACAAGAACUGGCUCGGACGCAGCUCCACGUGGUCACAUGACCCGCCAGGAAGUACAGGGCAUGUCCCCGUUCACCAGCAGUGCCGGAAGAGCAAAGCUUCUAGCAAAAAACCGCCAAACCUUCAUCCUGCAGACCACCAAACUCACUCGAAUCGCCCGUCGGGUGUGCCAAGACAUCUUGCAGUCUCGCCGUGCAGCCCGUCGCCCCUACGCAUCUAUUAACGCCAAUGCUGUCAAAGCCGAGUGUAUGAUAAGGCUUCCUAAAGCGGCGAAGAGUGGUGUGAAGAACCGCCCUAUUCCACGACCUUCCCUCAUCAAUAUAGUUAAAGAAUUGGCUGUUCAGGCUCCUUUGAAACUUAAAGCCCCUCGAGGUGCUCCAACCCCUAUCAACCGUAACCAAGGCAACCAGCCACGGAGUGCAUCCGCCCUACUGGGCAAGAGGCCAUUUGAAAAUCAGGUUGGAGGUAAUUCUUUCUCCACCAAUGGAAGACCAUUCACAUCUGGAAUGAGAGCAGCCAACCAGUCAGUCAUUAAGAGGCAGAAGGUCAGCCAAGGAGAUGCACCGAAUCCAGUGGUGUUUGUGGCUACAAAAGACACCAGGGCUCUGAGGAAACACCUCACUCAGGCAGAGAUGAGGCGGGCAGCCAGAAAACCACACCUCCCAGUCAGAAUCAAGCUUCCCAUGCCACCCCGGCCACUUCCUAUACCCAUCUUACCCUCCAGCACCAGCGAGCCAAUCGUGUUGGAGGAUUGAGCGAUGUUCCAACAGACCGCAUCUUUUGCCAGAGCAUGUUAAAUCCAGCCACCAUCAGCUGUUCUUCUCUUUUCCUCGUCUUCUGUCAUCCCCCAAAUCCUAUACCCACAAACACACUCAUGCACCGAUGACAAACCCCCGUAUCCUUACACCAGCAUACACCUGACUCCAUAGUGUUUUACUCCCAGUGUUACAGCUUAAGGGUUAAAUUCCCUCCUUUCCCAUUGUUUUUUUUUUAAAUGCAAAUACUUUUAACUGUGUAAUUUAAAGCAAAUCAUGUUCAUUCUAAAAUGAUGUAAAAGCACACUUUAUUUUUCUCCAGCUGUCUUUGUAUAAAUAUUAACAGCAUUUUUCAAAAGUGUGUUAUUGUGCGUAUGGAAGGUGUAAAUUGUGUGAGGGAAUAGUCUUUUUACCAUCUGUUUCUUAACGUCUUGGGUCGCUUGUGUUCAAAAACUAGAGUACGAGUUGCUUCCUUUAUUGGUUUUGUACUAUAUAGAUGAAUUGAUCAGGACGCAUCUGACUUAUUGUGAUGUGCCGUUUAUUUCAACCAUUACAAGUGGUUCUAGUUUUUCAGGCCCUGUAGCAACACCCUCAUCAUGGACGGCAAUACAGCCUGCAUUUUUCACUAUACAACAGAUCUGCAAUUGGGAUGUUUUUUUUUUAUUGAAAGUCACCUGGUUUUGCAGACUUUAUCUCAAAAUCCUGCAACUGAACUACUCCAGUCAGUGAUAUGUGGAGGUAUUGUAGGAUUCUAGCUUAGUACAAACUCUCACAAACUGUUGAGGAGUUAGGAAGGCUUCUGAUUUAGUAAAGUGUCAAGAAUGUUCAUUUGAAUGUAAGGCAGACCUAGGUUUGAAGAGCCCUGUGGUCUCCCAUAGCUUCUCAAGAACGCCCCUCCUAGAGGUUUUAGAAGUUGUUAGAUGUUACAAUCAGUUUGGCCUGUUAGGUACCUCAAUAUUUA